UCAACCAACACCAUCUCUGAUCCCAUGCCGAACCUACUUACAACAACACGUAAAAGUCAAAGUUGUCAAGUCAGCCUCACGAACUCUUGCACUUCCCGCCUACACACUGCAGUUUAUCCGUUUUCGACGACAAAAAGUCACAAUGAAGACAUCAAAAAACAUCAACCCAAAGACCGUCAUGGCGCCCCUGGCUGCCUUUACAAUGGCUUGGGUCCUGUUUGCGUAUACCAGGCAUUCUAUUCAGGCUGCGAAGCUUAAUGCUAAACUCGCACGCGAACAAAAUCAGCAACAGCAACACCACCAGCAACAUCACCAGCAAGACGGAGUAUACCGUGAUAGGAGGCAUUCGGACAAGUAACAUCGCGAGUGAAGGAGGGAUUUAGUGAGUGAAGGAAAAGGAAGAAUCAGUGACUCUGAACUAGGUAAAAGACGCGAGUAUAAAGUAGUAACAAAACUAAACCGAACAUAAUUGCCAUCACACCUCCGGUG